AUGGCAGCUCCGGUCGAAAAGCUUCAGCAAUUGAAGUUGCCCACGGGCCCUUCACCUGUUACGCCUGAACAACUUUAUUGGAAAUCAUUCAAAUCGCGCCAAAACAUUCCCUCUCAAUCGCCUGUAACCCAUAUUUCGUUCCCACCGCCGCCGAGUAACCCUCUUCUUCCCGCGACCAAUGACUAUUUCGCAGUCACAACGGGAACUCGAAUUCAAAUAUACUCCAUACGAACCCGAAAGCUUGUCAAGACCAUCACACGUUUCUCCGACAUUGCCCACAGUGCAGAAAUUCGUCGAGAUGGGCGUGUUAUGGUAGCGGGCGAUGAGAGUGGCAAAAUCCAGGUCUUCGAUGUGAAUUCUAGGGCAAUUUUGAAGACAUGGGAGGAGCACAAGCAGCCAGUCUGGACGACUAAAUUUUCGCCAACUGAACUUACAACCCUGAUGAGCGCGAGCGAUGACCGAACUGUUCGAUUAUGGGACCUUCCAAGUCAGGCGAGUACCACGACUUUUGUUGGGCAUACGGAUUACGUUCGGAGUGGCAGCUUCAUGCCUGGCACAAUGUCGAAUCUGAUCGUAACUGGAAGUUACGAUGAGACUGUCAGGCUUUGGGAUCCUAGGAUACCAAAUAAGGCUGCUAUGAUCUUUAAACACGCCGCACCUGUCGAAGCUGUGUUACCGAUGCCAUCUGGAACAACGGUCCUUGCUUCCGCCGAAAAUCAGAUCUCAGUCUUGGAUCUUGUUGCGGGAAAGCCAUUGCAGCUCCUCAAGAAUCAUCAGAAGACUGUCACGUCCCUAUGUCUAGCAUCAAACGGAACGAGACUGGUUAGCGGUGGAUUGGAUGGUCAUGUAAAGAUAUUCGAGACGGCAGGCUGGAACGUUGUUGCUGGGUCUAAAUAUCCCUCGCCAGUUCUCAGUGUCAAUGUUAUCAGUGCGGGUGCAAACCGUGAAGACAGGCAUUUAGUGGUUGGUAUGGAAUCAGGGGCACUAUCCAUUCGAACAAGACUUUCAGGGCAACAAAAAGUGAAGGAGCGGGAGAGAGAAAAGGAAAUGCAGGCGCUUCUUGCAGGUACCGUGGAAGAGUAUGACAAGAAGAAUAAGAAGAGGACUAGAGGAAUGGAGAAGAAGCUCAGAGGGAUGGACUUUCUCGGCGAAGGCGCAGAUGUUAUUAUCGAGGGCAACGAGAGCCGGAAACGGAAACACGAAGCUCCCUGGGAAAGAGAUCUCCGACAGGCGAGAUAUGUACAGGCAUUGGAUAGCGUUCUGGAAGUGAACAUGCCUCCCAUCACAGUCCUUACCCUCCUCACGGCCUUGAAACACAGGAGUGCUAUGAGAACAGCGUUCCAAGGGCGAGAUGAAACCACAGUCCAGCCGAUCCUGGAAUGGGUGAUCAAGCAUAUCACAGAUCCUCGCUAUGUCAACAUUUGCGUAGACUCAGCUCUACUCCUACUAGACAUCUAUUCCGAGCAUGUAGGAGGCUCUCCCGACCUAGAGCGCAAUUUCAAGCUAUUGCACAGAAGAGUGCGCACUGAGGUGGAAAGAUCACAGCAGGCAUGCAUGACGAGCGGAAUGCUAGAGAUGUUAAUGACUGGAAUGCCAUGA